CCCCCGAGCAGCCGCCGCUCGCCCGGCACCAUGAGCGCUGCCCUGCCCUGGCGGCCCGGGGCAUGCCCCCCGCCCGCGGCUGGGAUGGUGUGAGCCCCCCGCCCCGCGCCGCGCCGCUCUCCUCCCGGCUUCCCUUCCCUUCCUUUCCCUUCCUCUCCUUUCCCUUCCCUUCUUCCCUUCCUUCCACCGCCUCUCUCGGCUGGCUCGGGCGGGGAGGCGAGCCCGCCAGCCGCUCGGAUGCUCUGAUUUCUCGCCGGCCCUCAACCCCUGCUGCCCAGAUGCAGUGGAUAAUCCUCAUGUUGCUGCUAUUCAUCAGCUCCGUGGAAAUGCUCGCGCAGAACCGAUGGAAGAAGCAAGUGAGCGCUGGCCUCUUUGAGAACUGCACGGGCUGCGUCCUGUGCUCGGAGGACAACGGCUGCAUCACCUGCCACCACCGGCUCUUCCUGCUCAUCUGGAGGGACGGAAUCCGCCAGUACGGGAUGUGCGUCCACACCUGCCCCCCCGGCUACUUCGGCGUGCGGGGUCUGGAGGUCAACAGAUGCACAACACCCCUUCCUGGCAGAGUGCAGGUCGCCCAGCUGCGAGAGCUGCUUCAGCAAGGACUUCUGCAUGAAGUGCAAGGAGAAGUUUUACCUGCACAAGGGCCAGUGCUUCCGGCAGUGCCCGCCCGGCACCGCGGCGCAGCCCGGCACCCGCGAGUGCCAAGAGACGUGCGAGCCGGGGCCCUGGAGCGAGUGGAGCGCCUGCACCCACGAGGGCCGGACCUGCGGCUGCAAGUGGGGCCUGGAGACGCGGGUGCGCGAGGUCCUGGGCGCCCCGCGAGAGGAGGGGGCUUCCUGCCCCCCGCUGCUGGAGACCCGAAAGUGCCGCCUGAGGAAGCACUGCCCAGGAGAGAAAACCAAACCCAAAAAUAAAGGCAAAAAGCGGCAGAAGAAGCAGAAGACAGAGCCGGACGCGGGCACCUAGCGGCGCGGGCACGGCGAGGCGAGCUCCCCCUGUGCUGCCCUGCCCGCGUCGCCCCAGCUUCCCAGCCACAGAAAAUUGCACAAUUUUCUCUCCCCCCCCCUCCCCCUUUUCUUUUGAGACAAUUUAUGGCCUGUAAAACAUUUCCUUUUCAGAAAAUCUAA